AUGGAUGAUCUGAAUCAAAAGGCUCUUGAAGAUAAAUGGUUUAGCAGUGUGUUAAGCAAAAAAAGAUCAGCAGAAGCAAGACUUCAUCGUAAACGUCAACUUCAAUCCAAGAGAGCAAAGAAAUUGAAUGGACUGCAGAAGGAGAAUGUAGGCAAGACUACCCCAAUUAGUAGUCAUGAUAAUGCUCAUACAAGAAUUCCAUUUUCUACCAUCUCUCAGAAUAUUCCAAGUUCCAGCAAUUCGGUUAUAACAAAUUUGCAGAAAACUCAUGCUUCCUCAGUGAUCAGUAAUCUUGCAAAUUCGUUGAAUAAAAAACGUCCAAGAGUUGUUACAUGCAGAAACAUCAAUAUGAGAGGGACGAAUUUAAAGAAUAGAUUUGAUAACGUUGUUGGUGAAUGUGGUUCUACAUCUUCAAAAAACUCUCCAUUACAUACUACUGAAAUCAAUGAACUUUUUGAAGAUGACAACGAAGAGGAUAAUAUGCAUGAUGAUUCGUCAGAGAGUUGGAGUUUAGAUGACAGCAUGGUUAUGGACGAAGAUGAAGAAGAUAUGGACAAUCAAGCUGUAAUGGUCAAUGCACUACCACCAGGAGAUUUUUACGACAUAGGUGAUCCAGUGUUUGAAUGUCCAAAAUGUGGUGCAAACAUGUGGUAUUUAGAAAGGAAGACCAAGUGUCGGCAAACAUUAAGUCCUAAGUUCACAAUGUGUUGCGGUGAUGGUAAAGUUCAAAUUCCUUUAUUGAGAGAACCUCCACCGGUGUUACAGAAACUGCUGUUUGACCAAACAAACCCUGAAUCAAAACUAUUUCAACAACAAAUACGUCUUUUCAACAUGAUGUUUGCAUUUACGUCUCCGGGUGCUAAAAUGGACAACCGUUUUAAUAAUGGUAGAGGUCCUCCGAAUUACCGAAUUCAAGGACAAUCAUGUCAUCGUAUAGGUAGCAUGUUACCAUUGCCAGGACAAAAUCCCCGAUUUGCACAACUCUAUAUAUAUGAUACUGAACAUGAAAUACAACAUAGAGUAAACGAAUUCAAGACAAAAGACGGAAUAGAUCUUGACAUAGUGAAAAAACUCUCUUCUAUGUUAUAUCAACACAAUGUUCAUGCCCAGAGUUUUAAGAUGGCAAGGGAUAUACUUUCCGAAGUUGCUGCUCUAAUUGUUGGUGAUGUUGACACUGCUGAGAAAAGGGACAUAAUAAUGCACAAACAGACUGGACAACUUCAAAGAAUAGAUGAAUAUCAUACAUCAUAUUUGGGAUUUCAAUAUCCAUUGCUUUUCCCUUAUGGCGAAGAUGGUUACAGGCCGAACAUUAGACACCGUAAUCAAGAUUCCAACAAUAGACGUAACUCAGAAUCAAUGACUGGAGUAGCCGACAAUGAGGAUGUUCCGUGGGAGCAAGCAAAUAAAAGAAAUAGGCUCACAAUUAGAGAGUGGUUUGCAUUUUGUAUUCAAGCCAGAAAGAAUGAGGCCCAAACAGUUAUCAGAUCAAGAAGGUUAUUUCAACAGUUUUUGGUUGAUGGUUAUACAAUGAUGGAAUCUGAGAGAUUUCGAUGGUUAAGAAAAAAUCAAUCUAAACUUAGAGUUGGAAAGUAUAACUAUCUAGCAGAUAUCAGAACCAAUGGACAUACCGAUGGUGCAAACACAGGGAAAAGAGUUGUCCUUCCAUCGUCCUAUGUUGGUAGUCGCAGAUACAUGGAUCAACUUUACUUUGAUGGAAUGGCAAUAUGUAGUUAUGUUGGAUUUCCCGAUCUAUUCAUAACGUUUACGUGUAAUCCAAACUGGCCGGAAUUGAAACGUGUACUUGCUUCUAAUAAUUUGACACCAGCAGAUCGGCCGGACCUCAUAACGAGAAUAUUUAAGAUGAAAUUCGAUGAGUUACUGUCAGAUUUGACUAAAAAAAGUUGUAUGGGGAAAGUUCUUGCGUAUAUGUACACAAUUGAGUUUCAGAAGAGAGGCCUUCCCCACGCUCAUAUUUUGAUAUUUCUACAUCCAUCCAGCAAAUAUCCAACACCUGCUGAUAUUGACCGUAUUAUAUCUGCCGAAAUUCCGAACAAGGACACCGACGGAGACUUAUAUAAUUUGGUAAAAAGUCACAUGAUACACGGACCUUGCGGAAACGCAAACCGGUCUUCGCAAUGCAUGAAGGAUGGUAAAUGUUCCAAAUACUUUCCUAAAGACUUUCGGGCUGAGACAGUUGUCGAUCAAGAUGGUUAUCCGGUUUACAGAAGAAGGGACAACGGUCACACUGUCAUUAGGAAUGAUAUAGAGGUUGACAAUAGAUUUGUUGUUCCUUACAAUGCAAAAUUGUUGUUGAAGUUCAGAACUCAUAUUAAUAUGGAAUGGUGCAAUCAAAGCACAUCCAUAAAAUAUUUGUUUAAAUACAUCAACAAAGGCUAUGAUCGAAUAACAGCUGCAAUUGUUAUGAAUGAAAAUGGAUGUCCUAUUGAGCGUCAAGAUAUUGAUGAAAUCAAGCAGUAUAUUGACUGUAGGUAUGUUUCUCCAAGCGAAGCAUCCUGGAGGAUUUAUGGUUUCCCCAUUCAUGGAAGGAAACCAGCUGUGGAAAGAUUACACUUCCAUUGCGAAGGUCAACAUUCAGUCUACUAUACUGACAUCAGCAAUGUUUCCAAUGUCCUUGAGAAACCAAGUGUAACUGAAUCGAUGUUUACGGCAUGGUUUGAAGCUAAUCAGAAAUACACCGAAGCUCAACAGUUAACUUAUAGCAAUUUUGUUUCAAAGUUUGUAUAUGUCAAAAAGAAAAGAGAGUGGAAACCCAGGCAGAAGGGUUACACAAUUGGCAGGUUAAUUUGGGUUCCUCCAACUACAGGAGAAUUGUACUUUCUCAGAAUGAUGCUUACACAUGUGAAGGGCCCUCGAAAUUAUUCAGAACUGAAAAUAGUUAACAACGUCAAGUACGAUACUUUCCGUGAUGCAUGUUUUGCAAUGGGCUUUAUUGGGGAUGAUCGUGAAUUUAUAGCUGCUAUUUCAGAGGCAUUUCAGUGGGGUUCUGGCCACUAUUUAAGAUUGCUUUUUGUCCACAUGUUGUUGUCAAGUAGCAUUAACAGACCAAGGCAUGUAUGGAGCAAAACAAGGCAUCUUCUAUCUGAUGGAAUUCUUUACUCUCAGCAGACUAUUGCCAACAACAGAGGUUUGAGGUUAUCAGAACAAGAAAUAUACAAUCUGACAUUGAUUGAGAUAGAAAAGCUACUACAACGUAACCGUAAGAGCCUGAGAGACUUUCCUGGGAUGCCAAAACCACAAGGAUAUGUUCCCGAAGAAUUUGGCAACAAGCUUAUUUACGAAGAGCGGAACUACAAUCCCGAUGAACAACUUCAAGAAUUUAACAUGCUGUAUCAGAAUCUCACAGAUGAACAAAGGGAUGUAUUUAAGCAAAUCAUGAUGGCCGUGAAUAACCAGAAUGGAGGCGUGUUCUUUCUUUAUGGUUACGGCGGUACAGGCAAAACCUAUAUGUGGAGAACACUAGCUUCUUAUAUAAGAUCAAAGAAACAAAUAUGUCUGACAGUUGCUUCUUCUGGAAUUGCCUCACUAUUACUUCCAGGUGGUCGGACGGCGCAUUCUAAAUUCAAAAUUCCGAUUCCCACGCUUGAAUCUUCCACAUGCGACAUAAACAAAGGGAGCGAUAGAGGUGAUCUACUAAAACUAUCAAAGUUGAUAAUCUGGGACGAGGCUCCAAUGUGUCACAAAUUUUGUUUUGAGGCAUUGGAUAAAACUAUGAAGGAUAUCAUGGGUGGAUCCAAAGCAUCAAAUAAAAUAUUUGGAGGUAAGGUAAUAGUCUUUGGCGGUGAUUUCAGGCAAAUUCUUCCAGUUAUUCCAAGAGGCAGCCGCUCGGAUAUAGUUCAUGCUACAAUAAAUUCAUCAUACAUAUGGGAUCACUGCAAGGUUUUGAAACUCACAAAGAAUAUGCGACUACAGCAGUCGGCAAAAUCCACCAGUUCUGCAGAGUUAAGACAUUUCUCAGAUUGGAUUUUAACUGUUGGAGAUGGGAAGAUAUCAGAACCAAAUGAUGGUUACGCAGAGAUCGACGUUCCUAAAGAUCUGUUGAUCUCGGAUUUUGAUGAUCCCCUCGAGGCAAUAUUUGAAAACACCUAUCCAAAUUUUGCCGUUAACUACAAUAAUGUGGAUUUUCUACAGUCAAGGGCAAUAUUAGCUGGAACCAUAGAGACUGUUGAUCAAAUCAAUCAGUAUAUUUUAGAAUUUGUUCCCGGUCAAGAGAAAGAGUAUUUAAGCUCGGAUUCAGUUGAUACAACAGACGGUGACGGCAAUGAAUCUUUUGAUGUUUUAACUCCAGAAUUUUUGAAUGCCUUGCAAACUUCUGGUGUCCCCAAUCAUAAAAUCAAAUUGAAGAUCGGUACACCAAUAAUGCUGCUCAGGAAUAUUGACCAAGCAGAAGGGCUUUGCAAUGGAACACGUCUCAUUGUUACCAAACUGGCCGAUCAUGUUAUAGAAGCAAAAAUUAUUUCUGGAAAGAACAUUGGUGGUAUUGUAUACAUUGCACGAAUGGAUAUAACUCCGACUCAAUCACCAUGGCCCUUCCGAAUGACCAGAAGACAGUUUCCUAUAAUGGUAUGCUACGCUAUGACAAUUAACAAAUCUCAAGGUCAAUCUUUAGAUUUCGUCGGUAUAUAUUUUCCAAGAAGCGUGUUCAGUCAUGGUCAAUUUUAUGUGGCAGUCUCAAGAGUAAAGAGCAAAAAGGGUCUAAAGAUCUUAAUUCACGACAAAGACAAACAACCAUUGUCGGUGACGACGAAUGUCGUUUUCAAAGAAGUCUUUGAAAAUUUAUAA